AUGGGCAGCGCUCCGCAGUCGAAGCACUCGUUCGAAUAUGUGCCUGGCUUCUUUGCACAGGGUGGGCCGGAGAGUGAUGGGCAGAUGGAUGAUUAUAUGAAACAUAACUUUGGCCUUCUGGAGCGAAAGUACGAGACCGAUGGAUCAGGCGAUGAGGGCUUGACGCAGUGGCAAAGGUAUGCGAAGUAUGUUCGUGAACUGAACGGAGCGAGUGAAGCCGGGACGACAUACAAGGUCUUCUACGUAGGCCGCCAUGGCGAGGGAUAUCACAACGUCGCCGAAUCCAAAUACGGCACAAAAGCCUGGGACGACCACUGGAGCAAACUCGACGGCGACGGCGAGCUCUACUGGGUGGAUGCCCACCUCACCUCCACCGGCAGAGAGCAGGCCCUCGCCAACCACGAUUUCCUGAAACGCCAGUUCUCCGAGCAGAAGAUGCCUCUUCCAGAGAACUAUUACAGCAGCCCGCUUUAUCGAUGUCUCCAAACCGCUCAGCUCACAUACGCCAACAUCUCGUUGCCGUCAGAGAAGCCGUUCAGUCCUCUGAUUAUGGAAAUGGCGCGAGAAGUCAUGGGCGAGCAUACUUGUGAUCGACGCAGUAGUAGAUCGGUCAUUCAUGACGCUUUCCCGGACUUCCCGAUCGAGAUGGGGUUUAGUGAGGAAGAUGAGUUAUGGCAAGCCGACCACCGCGAGACGCACGCGGAGCAUGAUUUGCGGACGCGGAAGCUGUUGGAUGAUGUGUUUGAAGCGGAUGGCGAGGCUUUCGUGAGUUUGACGAGUCAUUCGGGAAGUAUUGCGAGUCUGCUGCGGGUAUCGGGACACCGGGAAUUCAGGGUGCCGACAGGAGGAAUGAUGCCGGUUUUCGUGAAGGCGACGAAGAGGACGAAUUGA